GGGGAUUAGUUCUAAUAAGCUUCCCUCGUCUGCCUCACUCGACAUGUCUUGAGCCCGAAUGCCGCCUGCCAUUGGGGCAAUUUUAUGCAGACUAUGGACAGGAUUUGUUACAUGCUUGUUAUAGUUUUAUUUUAUAUCCAAAGAUCUGAAAGUUUUUCUCAGUGUUUGCGAGGGUGCAGCUGUAUAGAAGACCGUCAUGGAAGGUCCCUCAUAUGCAUGGAGGAGAACGCGUUUGGAGUCAUACCAGAGAAUAUUCCCCAUGAUAUGACCAAAAUCAGAAUAGAAAAAUCUCACUUCACUGAAAUCAAGCGCGGGGCUUUCAUCAGAGCGUCCAGCUUGGAGAACCUGUGGUUGAACUUCAACGACAUCACCCUGAUUAACUCAAAGGCUUUGGAAGGUUUGGGCAACCUCACUGAGCUCCGCCUAGAAGGAAACAAGCUGCGCUCCGUACCAUGGACAGCGUUCGAGGACACCCCGCGUCUAAAGAUCCUGGACCUGAAGCACAACCAGUUAGAUGUGCUGCCAGAACAUGCGUUAAAAAAUUUGCCCCAUCUGACUUACUUAGACUUAUCCUUCAAUCGGCUUACGGUCAUAUCCAAGGAGGUCUUCCAAAACUGGCCUCUGUACCAAAAACUGCAGAGCAAGGAGAAGCAAGAGGCAAGCUCUUCCGGGCCGAACGUCGUCUUGGCGCUCCACGACAAUGCCUGGCUAUGCGACUGCCGACUCAAGGGCUUCGUGGAGUUCACCCGCUCCCUCAGCCCAACGAUUAUCCUGAUGAACUCCUACUUGACCUGCUCCGGUCCGGACUUUAGGGCCGGCAAGUUCUUUCACGAGGUGGAGCUGCAGGCUUGCGUGAAGCCCGUGGUCACCACCUCGUUGGCCAACCUCAGCCUACCGCUGGGCACCAACGUCACGCUGCGCUGCCUUGCCAAAGCUCGGCCAGAACCUGCAGUGUGGUGGACAUAUGGUCUGAAGAUAAUCAGAGGAUUUCAUGAGUCUCAGGAGAGGGUGGAUGAAGACACCAUCAGAUCCCUCUUGGUGAUCCCGUCGCUCCACCUGGCCGACCGCGGCGUCUACACGUGCAGUGGUGUCAACUUCAUCGGAAACUCCUCGGCCAACAUCCAGGUGGACAUCCUCAAUCCGGAUGGCGCCCAGUCGGCGCCACUUCCCCGCCUCCCAGAAGAUGACGAGAACAUCUACAUCGACAUCCGCAUCGCCAAACAGACGGUGCGUGGCAUCGCCAUCGAGUGGUUUGCCGUCUUGGACCACCCUGACCAGACGUGGUUCUCCGUCCAUUUGGGCCAAGCCACCAGUGACAAGAAGGAGACUAUCUCCAUCGGCCCGGGCAUCCGUUCGUACUCCGUCUCUGACCUGAUGCCCGCCACCAAAUACGAAAUCUGCGUGACGCUCAAGAACCAGACGCCGCGGCCAGGCCAGUGCUUGGUGUUUGUCACGGGAAGCGACAUCACGGAGAUGGAGCAGCGGGAGAAGCUGAUCCACAUCGUGGUGAUCGUACUGGCCAUGGUUCUGGCCGUGCCCAUCGGCAUGUACGCCUGCACCACCGACACCAAGUUCACCUGCCUGGAAAGCCUGAUGGCGUUUUGGAAGAGGCGACGUAGCGAGAGAGGAUCGGCCGGCUUGGAGCGCGAGAGGAACGGCACCUUCGACAGCCUGCAGGCGGCCAGUGACGAGGGCCUGGUCCGGAAAGAGUCCAGUGAGGACAGGAAGGUGAGGCGGAGGUCCGAUGACAGGUCGCUUAAGAACAAGGCCGACCACAGCAGAAUCACUGCAGAACUCUACUAACUUUCUAAGCGUGAUAAGGUGGUGUGAUGCCCUGCUGAUACUCUUUACUCUCUCCUCUGUUCUAGGGCGGGAGAUUUGUUGACACGGUGUGAUUGGUCAAGAUUGUUAUUCAAGGGAUUGCGCCGUAUAGAGAUGUACUUCAUUGUUUCCAAUCCCUUUCUGAUCUCUUUCUGAUCUCAUUCACCAUAUUUAUGGUUCUGACGACUGAAUUGGACUUAAUAACACAUUAUCUGUUUCUGCAGUGAUUACUGCACUGGUCCAAAUAUUUUGCAAACCGGAAACCAUUCGUUGACGACAAUAGUGGUCGCUGGGGUGGGCAGGUCAUUGAUAGCUCAAGAUACCGUUGUAAAAAAUGUAUCAAUCAGUAUUGCCUCACAGUUCUUUAAUAAGCUUCUGCGUGUCAUCAAUCACAUUCUCAUGUAAAUAUAAUUGAACAAGAUGGAUGAAUAAAAUUGUACUGAUUUUA